AUGAAAAAGGGUAGGGCAAUCGUAGAAACCGUCAUUUACAAACGAAUAUGCCUUGCUAACGAGACCAAAUUCCAAGAUUUUGGGAUGGAUGGAUGGGAGUACAUCUCUUUUGCUUUUGCCUUGGUAGUUGCAGUCUUGCAAUUGCGAGCCUUUAUGCUUGUUUUUCCAGUUUCAAGUUCACCAAAAGAAGAAACCAUGAAAACAGGUUUGGCAUUCCCUCAUAGUGCAAAAAGUUCAAAAUCCUAGAACUCCACGAAUGAAAUUU